CCCCGGCGCUCCUUACCAGUGGCUUCUGCGGUCACAUGGGUUAUGUGCUGGAGUUUAAAAGAGCUUAUAGCCCCCGAGCCGGUGCAGAAGCAGCCGGUGGUUGCAUGGGGUUAGCGCCGGGAGUGGCGCCGAGGAGGGCUCCGUGCUUGCCUACAAAGAAUUGAGAAAAGGACUAGAGCUGAUCCCUGGCUGGACUGAUGAAAGUACAGAAUCACUCUACUGUGAUUCCUCUACCCCAGCCUGCUGGUGCUGUGAGGAGAAGCAUCCAUCUGGGAGCAGGUACCAGGCAGCAGUGGGAUCAGCAGAGACGUUCUCUUGGUGCAUGACAGCCUUGAUGACCCUCAGCUUAUCGCAGAAGUGCAUUGUGUCCUCCUGAGAUGAGGUGUUGGCAAACAUGGGUUUGACCCAAACUGAAAGAAUCCUUGUGAAACCACCCUGUGGCCGCUGGUAAAGCGAUUGCUGCUGCUGCCCUGGAGCAUAUUUUGGGAGUGGGCUGUGAAAUUGAAGAGGAGACUCCACUGAGGUUGUAGCUCGAACAGCCAUAACUUCCCACGCUAGUGGAUGCUGAUGGAGACCUUGUGUUCACUGCUUGGCUGUGCUGAUGAGAUGGACAGAACUAGGCUGCACUACAGGGCUGCUAAAUUCACAGAUCUGAGCAGUGAAGGUUGGUGAAACAGACAGAAGUAUCCCCCAGACGUUGAUGAGAAAUUUGGGACACCCUAAGGCCUCUGGACCAGUGGAGAGAUGGCUAACCCUGUCCCAUCAGCCUGCUGCAUGGUGCUCGCCGUGGUGGUGGUGGUGUAUGCCCAGAGACACAGCCAGCCGGACAGCCACACCCAGUAUGAGCGGGUAGGUGCAGACGUGACCAUGAAGUGUGGCUCCAUGGACUGGGAUGCAGCUGUGACCUGGAUGGCCAACGGCACCGACAUCGACGAGUCCCACCUGAAUGGGUCCUACCUGAUCCUGAAGAACGUUGGCCUGACUCAGAGUGGUCAAUACUCCUGCUACGAGGGCUCCUCUUGGCACCUUAAAUACCAGACCAACCUGAAAGUGGGAACCCCUCCGAAGGAGCCAGUGCUGAUGUGCCGGUCCAACAACUACCCAAAAGGUUUCUACUGCAGCUGGCACCUGCCCACUCCCACCUACAUUCCUAACACCUUCAAUAUCUCUGUCAUACACGGCACGAGAGAGAUGGUCUGCGAGAAGGACGUCUUUCCCAAAAACAGGUGUCACAUCCGAUACAUCCAGCUCUUCUCAACAGUGAAGUACAAGGUGACACUGACAGUCACGAAUCCUCUGGGCAAAAACUCCACCACUCUCACCUUUGACGAGUUUGCCAUAGUAAAACCAGACCCUCCAGAGAGCGUGGUGGCCAAACCUGUGCCAAAUAACCCUCGGAGGCUGGAGGUGUCAUGGCAAAACCCCUCGUCUUGGCCCGACCCUGAGUCUUUCCCUCUCAAGUUCUUCCUGCGAUACCGGCCCCUCAUCCUGGACCAGUGGCAACAUGUUGAGCUGUCGGAUGGGACAUCGCACACCAUCACAGAUGCCUAUGCUGGCAAGGAGUACAUCAUCCAGGUGGCAGCCAAAGACAACGACAUUGGCACAUGGAGUGACUGGAGCGUGGCCGUCCAUGCCACACCCUGGACAGAGGAACCCAAGCAUCUCACCACUGAAGCCCAGAUCACAGAGACAACAAGCACUAGCACCUCCUCUUUCAUGCCACCACCCACCACCAAGAUCUGCGACAAAGGGGCUGUGGUGGGCAGCGGGGCCGUGGCAGUGUGUUGGACAGCUGGACUGGUCUUGGCUGCCUAUGGUGUCCUCUUUAUUUAAUCCCCAUCUGUUGUUCCGUCGCAGCCCAGCGCAGACACCUUCCCACCAACCGCCACCACCCCCACCUCAUUGCUCCCCACCCCCUCGGGUUGAGUCUCUAAUCUCUUCAAUUUUGCACACGUUUGAGGACGUAUCAUGCUUCUCACCAUCGCUUCGGAGGAGGACAGAGCUGCCGCCCUUCCCUGGGGAGCCGUGAAAUCCUAUCCCAGCCCAGAGCGAGGAGUCGCACUUGUCCCCGCCAGCCCAGCUCCCCUUUGCCCAGCAAGAUGAAGUGAACCCAGGCACCCUGCCACAGCUGAGGACCCCGCUCAUACAGCUAACCCCCCCCCACGCCAAAGACGUGCCUGCUGCCCCGCCACCUGCUCGGGUGAUAGGGAGCGUAUUGGUGCGCCGAGAAAAGGGGAUAUGAAACUGAGGGGGGGAAUGGUGAGGGGAAUGAUGCUCCCAGCUGUGUACCCUUUACAGCAGAAGGCAGUCUCCCAAGAACCACUCUUGCUUCCCCAAGCUCACAAUGGCAUGGCGAAGCUGGAGGGGUGCAUGGGUGGGGGGGGGGGGGUCUUCUGACCCUUCCUCUGAGGGGAUGACGGUGGGAAGAACUGAUGUCUUUCACAAGUGUGGUGGGGAGUAGGGAACUGGCAAGGUUCUAACAGAACAGAAGGAAAUGAAACGCCAAUAACACCCCCCCCCUGCACCUUGCCAAGCACCUGGGAGAGCUGUCCCUCCAGCGCCCCAUCGGCAGCACCCUGCAGGAGCCUUCGCCACCCCCAAACCCAUCCCCUCAUCACCCCCAAACUUUACAGGGAAAAUCACCCUUGUUGACAUCUCUAUCUCAUUCUCCCAACAAAAGCAGAAGAGCUCUGCUGUUGCCUUUAGAGCUGGAUCCCUGCAGACCUGUCCCUUGCUAUCCCCUGUUGUUCCCCGGCUGUCCCCAUGCCUGCUCUGCUCUCCUCCCCAUCCUACCCCAAGCCCUGUUUUGUAAAGACACCUCCUCUUGCCCCUUGCCUGGACCCAAGCGCAGUAUUUAAUACCGUACGUCCUAGUAUUCCCACUGUUGACAUGCUGUAUUUGAAUUUUUUAUAGAUGUAUAUAUAUAAAAAAGGAAAAAAAGGAAAAAAAAAAAAGGAAAAAAAAAGGCAAAGAAUUUAAAAAAAAAAUAGAGGGGAUAAAACAAACAAAAAAAAAAAAAAAACAAACAAAAAAACCCACACAGAGACAAUGCACACACCACACACACACCACACACAUGCACCAGGAGAGACGGUCUUCAUUAAAUGAUCAUUUCAUGA